AUGUUUGCAGCAUCCACGAGGCGGCUAGCGCAAGCAGCCAAGGAGUCCGUCGCCAAGGCAGCGCAAUCCGCCAUCGCCAGCAAUCCUUACAAGGCGCGCAAGGUAUGGCCACCGGACUUCAAGGAACUCAACCACGCCCAGCAGCUGCGGUUCGAGAAGAAGUACAAGCGGAGGGUUCUCCUGGCCGGCAGAUCGCCCAGGUGGGAGAAAGGCGUCAAGCUGGCGCAGCUAGCAACCAUUGCCGCUGCGCUUGUAUGGCUGCUGUUUUACUCCGAGUUUGAAUGGUGGGGCAAGCAAUACAAGCCAUCCGAAGAGAUGCGCAAACACGCAAUUCACCUCUUUGGAGUCGUCGAUCCAGAUAAACGACAUGAGAGACGAAGGGAUGCGCCGGAACCUUACCCUCACCCGGCUCCCGAGAAACCGGACCCGGUCUCUAAAUGA